GAGUGUUAUGUUUUUUUCCCCCAGUCACUUAAAAGUUUCCGUGAAAAGUCUGAAACCCGGAAGUAGCAAGAUGGCACCAAGUGGAUUAAAGGCGAUUGUUGGGGAGAAGAUCCUCAAUGGAGUUAUCAAGAGUGUGAAGAAGGAUGGAGAAUGGAAGGUUCUGAUUGUGGAUCACCUCAGCAUGCGGAUCCUCUCAUCCUGUUGCAAGAUGUCUGACGUCAUGGCAGAGGGGGUCACCAUUGUGGAGGACAUUAACAAGCGAAGAGAGCCAAUCUCCAGCCUGGAGGCCAUCUACCUCAUCUCCCCUGUGGAGCAGUCAGUUCGUGCUCUCAUCAACGACUUCAAAGAGACAGCCUUCACUUACAAAGCGGCUCACAUCUUCUUCACUGACAUUUGUCCAGAUAGCCUCUUUGGUGAAAUUGGGAAGUCCAGGGCUGCUCGUGUCAUCAAAACCCUGAAGGAGAUCAACGUAGCCUUCUUGCCCUAUGAGUCUCAGGUGUUCUCCCUGGACGAUCGCGGCUCCUUCCACGGCCUGUACAGCCCGCAGCGUGUGCGAGAUAAGAACCGCGUGCUGGAGGCGCAGGCCGAGCAGAUCGCCACCCUCUGCGAGACGCUGAAGGAGUACCCCGCCGUCCGCUACCGCUGUGGUCCUGAGGAAAAUGCUGCUCUGGCUGAGAUGGUUCUGGACAGACUGAAUGCUCAUAAAGCAGACAAUCCCAGCAUGGGAGAGGGAGCGGACAAGGCACGUUCGCAGCUUCUGAUUGUGGACCGCGGUCACGACCCGAUUUCCCCAAUUCUGCAUGAGCUGACCUUCCAGGCAAUGGUCUACGACCUCCUGGAAAUCGACCAAGACAUCUACAGGUACCAGUCGACAGGGCUUGGGGACUCGCGGGAGAAGGAAGCCCUUCUGGAUGAGGACGACGAGCUGUGGCUUCAGCUCAGGCACAUGCACAUCGCUGAUGUCACAAUGAGGGUAUCUGAGCUGCUGCGGACCUUCUGUGAGAGUAAGCGAAUGUCCACAGACAAGGCCAAUAUUAAAGACCUCUCUCAGAUGCUGAAGAAGAUGCCUCAGUACCAGAAGGAGUUGAGUCUGUAUUCAACCCACCUGCACCUGGCAGACUCCUGCAUGAAGAGGUUUAAGCUCACACUGGACAAGCUGUGUGAGGUGGAGCAGGAUUUGGCCACUGGGUUGGAUGCUGAGGGGGAGCCCAUUAAAGAUGCCAUGAAGAGCAUUGUCCCUGUGCUGCUGAACACUGACAUACAGCCCUACGACAAGAUCCGCAUCAUUCUGCUCUUCAUCUUCCACAAGAAGAAGGGUAUCGGGGAGGAGAACCUGGCUAAGCUCAUCCAACACGCCAACAUACAGCAGGACAGCAACAUCAUCACCAACCUGCAGAACUUGGGCUGCCCCAUCAUCGCUGGGGGGGCGAACACUGGGAAAACCUUGCCUGACAGGAAGCUUCCUGAGAGCACCUAUCAGCUGUCACGCUGGACACCCACACUCAAAGACGUGAUGGAGAGUGCCAUAGAGGAGAAGCUGGAUAAGAAACUGUGGCCAUUCAUCUCUGACCCGGCCCCUGUUGCCACCACGCAGACUGCAGUCAGUGCGCGGUUUGGACACUGGCAUAAGAACAAGUCCUCGGCUGAGUCCCGCAGCGGCCCCCGGCUCAUCGUCUUCGUGGUUGGGGGUGUGACGCACUCUGAAAUGCGUGCAGCGUACGAGGUCACCCGCGCCACCGAGGGCAAGUGGGAGGUCCUGAUUGGCUCUUCCCACAUCCUCACCCCCACCGACUUCCUGAACGAUCUGAAGAGCCUGGACCAGCCCCCCCAGGAGUCCUAAAGCAGCCCCCGCCACUGGACCCCCAACACCAGCCCCUGCACACUGUUACCUCCGCCUCGUAGUCUCUUCACUGAAGUCGUCUCACUGUAUUCCACAAACUAGUUUGUAUGCUGUUGUCGGCACUCUGCAUAGGCUGCACUAUUUCUGUUACUCCAAAGAGGAGAAAUCCCACCCCCCCCUGGUUUUACAAUGUUGUCAUCUCUGGUGUGGUGAUUGUGGGGUCAUCUGUACCUGGAAGGCCGGUGGGGCAGGGCCAUUCCGAUACAAAGUGAGGAAAUCUAAAACUGUCUUUGCAAAAGAAUCCUGUUUUAAACGAUUACGAGUUCUGGCUUGGUCUUAUUUCACAAUCUUUUAUUCCUUUUUGCACGUUUUGCCUUGGGAGCAAAACUUGUGGUGUACAGAAUGAUACUAUGAUUGGUUGAUAUUUCUGAAAUAUAUUUAAGAUUGAUGCACAGGCAUAUCUAUAAAGAGGCUUGUUUAAAUUAAUACACCAACAUUUUGGGAAAUGUACCUUUUUUCUGACUUACACAGACUUGGACAAGAAUCUUUGUGCAUUCACUAGGUCGGCUUCCAUGUUAGCAUAACGUGUUAGCUUAGCAUAAAGAUUUGAAGCCUAUAGGAGUCAGUAGCCUACCUUCAAAGUGAAAAAUACACCUUACAGCAACUGCAAAGCUGUCUUAUUUGCACAAGGUAUUGUCUGUUUGAAAUACACCUAAAAACCAAAACGAGAGAUGUUGUUUUCGGAGGAGUUAGACGGUUGGAACUAUAACUGCUGACCAUACAUCUAUCCUUAUCUAGCUCUUGUGCCGGAUCUAGCUCGGUAGGCUACUGACUCCUAUAGGCUUCAAGUCUUUAUGCUAAGCUAACACCUUAUGCUAACAUGGAAACCGAGCCAGUGAAUGCACAAAUAUAACAAUGAAAUCGUACGUCUCGUCUGGGUAAGUCGGGGUAAGUUGGAAAAAAGGUAUAUUUCUCAAAGUGUUUGUGUAUUCCUUUAAAAACUUCACAGGGUGCCUUCUCAUACUGGUGUUUUUGUGUGAUCCUUUGUCCUGCUGUUAGUGUGGAGUUUGCCUCCUCAGCCCUCUUGUACAAAGGUGGGUAGAGAGACUGUACUGUUGUACAAAGAUAUGGAGAGACUAUCCAUUUGUACAAAGCUGUGGAGAGAAACCUGGGGGCCCUUUCCCUGUUUUUUUCCACUCCUGUCAUAUCCCAGCUGACUCUCUUCGCUGGUCUAAUUUAUUUUGUAAAGGUGGGGUUGGGAAAUGGUCCAGAGGGCAGCUUGGUCCAGAGGGCAGUCUCGGGUUCGCUGCCCAAUGAAACCUCCCCACUCCUGUGUGCUCUUCUUGUAACCUGCAUAACAUUUCUCCCGGAUUUACUUAUAAUGUGGGAAAAAAAUAAAUAAAAAAAUAAUAAUAAAUGCAUUAUUGUAGCAUUUGGGCUCUGGGUUUGAUGGCUGAUAUUUUCAAAGCGUUUGAUUCCCCCCCCCCCCCCCCUUGUUAUUAAUGCACUUCUUAUGUAUUGAGGCCUUUACCUGGGAAAGACUGAAGCUUGCCUGUGGUGUUAUUUGAUUACUGCUUUGCUGUCAAUGAAAAAUAAAAAUAUUGUCAACGCGAAUGUAUCCUUUUGUACCUUGUAUUUUGUACUUGAUUUACUAACAACUAUAUACUUAUGUGUGAAUAAAAUUUUGUAUGUGUAUCUAAAA